CCGCAAUAUAUUAAUUCGCGGCCACGCAUUAACAAAACCAGUCACCGUGGUCACCUUAAGGGCUCUGUGUGAUGGUCAAGCGAGCACGCGAUAAAAAUGCUGGCACUGCACGCGGACGGCUGGAUGUGCGCGAGCGGAGCGGCGCGCGGGGGGAGCUGCUCUUUUCUCUGUGAGGCGGCGGCGGCGGCGGCAGCAAGGAUGGAGGGGUCCAGGAAGAGGAUCCGAAAUCUGGAGCCAGCGAGGCCUCUACGCCGUUUGAACAUAAGCCAAGAGCCACACAGAGAUGACAUGGCUGACCCUCUGGAGAAGACCGCUGAGAAACCAGAAAACGCAUUCAGUGUGGAGCAAAUUUAUGAAAUUCUCAGCCUGCACCCGCAGAAUCCAGCACCCGCCAAGACCGAAAGAAUAUCGUACAGCAGAGAUUUCCUGAUCAAGUUGGCAAGCUCACCAAUGGCGAAGAAGAAGCCAGACUUUCUGCCAAACCACCCCGUCGUUCUGGAGAAGGCGAGGGACCAAGAUGUGCACAAGUUGUUUGUGAACAAUUUCAACAAUAAACUGGACAUGAUUGCCUGAGUGAGGAUUCCCCUCAGAGCUGAUGGUUCAUCUGAACGUUCCAUCAUUAGUACAAAAUCUGAAGCAGACGAUGGAAAUGAUGAGACUGUCUCCUUCAGACUGCUGUUAAGACAGAAUCUUGUUAGAGUAGCGUGCCAUUUGUGUUUGUAUGUAUUUGUGGGAAUGUUUUAAUCCGUGUGCCGACAGGGCUUUUGGAUAAGCAGUAUUGUGGAUGCCCUCUUAAGACUCAGUCGAUGAGAAGAUGAAGUCAGACUAUCUGGCUCAGAAGAUGUAGAAGUAAUAAUUCAGUGGUUUUUUUUUUUUUUGGUUUUUUUUUUGGCCCCACUUGACAUUUUGCCUUUCGACCACAUCCUGCAGCUUCCUGCGUGUUCCUUACGGUUUUCACUAACUGUCUUAUAAGCUACUAACCUUCACAGGGUGUUUUUUACUUUUUGUUUUUAUUUCUUGUGUUGAAGUGGAAUAGUGAGAGUUUUGAGUUGAGGAUUUAAUGUAGCUGCACUUUGUACUAGAAGAGGAUACACUAUGCAUAGCUUCUUAACAGCUAAUAUUUCUGAGGUUAAAGGAUUAGUUCACUGAAAAAUCAAAUUUUACAGUUUUUUCCUCUUUGCCCCAAAUGUAGUUGAUCAGCCAAGACGUGUUUUGGUGUCUUCAGUUUUUUUAUUUUAGCAGUAGAUCUAUCAGGCUAAUAGAUAGCAAAUAAUACAUACAUGUCACCCAUGUAGGUCCAGUGCAGAAACUGAAAAAGCAAAUGUCAGACAGCUUGACAAAGCCACAUAAAUACACACCCACACACAUUCACAGUCCCCUGGGAUACCCUAGUAAUUGCCUAGCAACACCUUGGCAACCACCUGGGAGACUCGCAGUGGCAUAGCAACACGCUAUUGACUAUCUGGCAUACACCAACCACGUCCUGUCAGUGUGCUAAUGACUAACCUGGGAUACCAUAGCAAUGGGUUAGCAACACCUUAGCAAGCAUCAGGAAUGCAACAACUUGGCAAUCGUUUGUAAUACCCUAGCAAUGGCCUAGUGAUGCUUUAGCAACCACCUGGGAAACCAUAGGAAUAGUUAAGCAAAACCUUAGCAUCCACCAUGGAUCCAUUAGUAACGGCCAAUCAUCAUCAUAGUGACCACCUGGGAUGCUGUAGCAAUAACCCAGCAACACCUUAGCAACCAUCUGGAAUGCUGUAGCAGUGACCCUGCAACACCUUAGCAACCACCUGGGAUACCACAGGAAUGACCAACACUGCCUUAGAAACCACCUGGGAUACCAUAGGAAUGACCAACACCACCUAAGCGACUACCUGGGAUACCAUAGGAAUGACCAAAACCACCUUAGCAACCACCUGGGAUACCAUAGGAAUGACCAACACCGCCUUAGUGACUACCUGGGAUACCAUAGGAAUGACCAACACGGCCUUAGCGACUACCUGGGAUACAAUAGGAAUUACCAAAACCACCUUAGCAACCACCUGGGAUACCAUAGGAAUGACCAACACCGCCUUAGCGACUACCUGGGAUACAAUAGGAAUGACCAACACCGCCUUAGCGACUACCUGGGAUACAAUAGGAAUGACCAAAACCACCUUAGCGACUACCUGGGAUACCACUGUCAGGUAUUUGUCGAGCCAACUUAGUUUGUUCUCUAAUUUUGUCGAUUCUAGUUUGAGCUGCUCCUUUAACAGCCUAACGAACCUGAAAGCAGGACUGACCGACUGACUGACGCUUCAUUUUUGCUUAAGCAAUAUUAUUGCAAUGGAAAUGUAUAAAAAUGGCCUUAACAUUUGUUAAAACGGCCAGAGGUUUUGGGCAGUGUGUCCACUCAGCUGGCGAAGUCCGUGUGCAGUGUGCUGUUUAUUGUUUGAAGUUUAUUUAAGGUGAGUUUUAAAAGCCAUUUGUGUUUAUUUUAUUUGGUACGGCUGAGCCUGGUGCAGCAUUUCCUCACGACUGUUUUCAAAACCAAAUACAAAACGUCUUCUUAUGUAAAGCAGGUCUGUGAAACGCUUCCUCCUUCCAGACUGACGAGGUGAAGUAAUAGCUGGUGUGGAAAUGGUUUCCGGUCACUCCACUGCCCGAGCGCUGGGCUUGGCCUUUACUGGAAUGCCUGUUUCAGUGCGUCCGGUCCUCUUAUUGUUCAGUUUCCUUGUUUGGAUUCAGUGCUUAAAACCUCCUGAUGCUCCUUUUUAUGCUGUAAUUGAUCAUUGCUGUCUUACUAAUUAAGUUGGCUCACAUUUUUUGCAUAUUGAUUGCGGUGUAAUCAAUAACUGCCCUCUGAUUAUCGACUGAAUGUGUUCACACUUGUCUUAAAGAGCCUGUAUCCUACAUUAA